CACACACACACACACACACGUACGCGCGCGUCUCGGCUCCGGAGCGCGUGUGGAGCGCAGAUCACUCACCUGGGCUGUCGCGCGUGUUUGAGGAGCUUUUGAAAAAACAAACAAAGCGGCGCGAGGACCGAAAACAAAACUCACAUAAAACCACAAACAACGACCAAGUGGACCGAACCGAACCGGCCGGAGUCCAGUUCCUCUGUUUCGCGUGUCGGUCUCAUUUAUGCGGGCGCAGGCGAGGCGCGCGCUAUGCAGGGCGCGAGCAAAGCCUGCAGCUUCACCAUCAGGAACAUCCUAGGAGAAGAAGAGGAGGAAGAGGAGGAAGAGGAAGAGGACAGAGAGGAGAGAGGAGAGCACAGUGAGUGCCCCCCUGAGGGGCGCGGGGCAGCGCGAGACACCCUAGGGCGCGCGCACAGGAAUUCCAUCCAACCUGGAGUAGAAGAAAAACAGCGAAUGCCCCUGGGUACCAGCGAUCAGGAGGGUCCCGCCAUCAGCCCGGUGCAUAAACGCUCAGGCGCAGAGGCAGAAAGGUGCAGCCCGGCCAAAAAGAAAACGCGUACCGUCUUCUCCCGCAGCCAGGUGUUCCAGCUGGAGAGCGCUUUCGACACCAAGCGCUAUCUGAGCAGUUCUGAGCGUGCGUGCCUGGCAUCCAGCCUCCACCUGACCGAGACUCAGGUCAAAACGUGGUUUCAGAACCGCAGAAACAAAUGGAAGAGGCAGCUGACGGCUGAACUCGAAGCUUCAUCCUCAUCCUCCUCUUCUUCACGGACUCUGCUGGCUAUGCCCCUCAUGCCCCCCUUGCCUGCAAAUGUGUCUGCUCUCUAUUACCCAGGAUGCAGCAUUGCCGGCCUGCCUUUAUACAACCUCUAUAAUAAACUAGACUUCACAGCACCCCUGCAUUGAGUUAUGAACAAAGUCACCUGUAUCAUUACAUUUAUAAGCCCUUAAUAACUUUGGUUUUGUCAUAUUGCUUUUAUCUUAGACUUUCCUUAUAUAAGCAACCAUAAUACUCAUGCAGUACAGACCUUUUGGAUUUGUCCAUCUUUCUUGGCUGAUAUCCUUUUGAAACAUACCACCUGUUGAAUCAUGCCACAUGAAUCAUGUUUGGUUUUAUGACAAUUAAAAUCCAGCUUUCAAUGCCAAUUUCUAUUAUAAUGAAAAAUAAAAACAGUAAUUAAAUCUACUUUAAGAGUUA